UGGGUUCAAAUCCAUCCAACGAAAGGGUGUCUCUUUCUACAUUUUUAUUUUUCGAAAGACUACUACUAUUCUAAGACUGAAAUUCUAUCGCUUGGUACAUUUUCUAGAAGAGAAAAAAUGGUACAGUGCAGUGCAUUUGUCUUGCCAACAUCAUCUUCUUCACUUGUAACUCAUCAACUUGAUGAAUCUACGUAUCCAAAAGCUACAUCUUCUUCUUCACUGAAUCUAACAAGGAGAUUACUCCUUUCCAAUUCAAUUACUUGUGCAACGUCAAUUUCUCUAUUUUCUUUCCCAUUUAUUGUUUCUUCUUCUUCACCAUCAAAAGCAGCUUCAAUUACUGAGUUCGUAGAGCUUGAAGACUCAGGUGGUGUUAAAUCAUUAGACCUUCGAACUGGUGAUGGUGCUAUUCCCAUGGUUGGAGACCAGGUUUCGAUACAUUAUUAUGGAAGAUUAGCAGCAAAACAAGGAUGGAGAUUUGAUUCCACCUACGAUCACAAAGAUGAAACUGGUGCACCAGUUCCUUUCACUUUCACGCUUGGAUCAUCUGACAAUGUAAUCUCAGGAAUCACAGCAGCAAUAAAAACCAUGAAAGUAGGAGGAAUACGUCGAGUAAUAAUCCCACCAUCGCAAGGUUAUCAGAACACAUCACAAGAACCCCUCCCACCAAAUUUUUUCGAUAGGCAGAGAUUGUUCACGACGAUAUUUAAUCCAACACGUCUUGCAAACGGAGAAGGCUCUACCUUGGGGAUUCUCAUAUUCGACAUUGAAUUGCUCAGUGUUAGACACAAUUAGGCUUCAUCAGUUUGUGGUUCAAUCUUGUAGGUUUCACUUGAACAUUAAUCAAUAGUCUAAAUGUUGUAUGGGUA